UGUGUAAUACGUCGCUCUAUCAUCACGCGAUCCCGGGGAACGACUUGAUCGGGCCCAGUAGGGGUGCUCUUCAGUCAUUCCCGCGCUCCUGCAUCGCGGCAUCGCGCCCGUACGUUUCUGCAUUGAGUCCUACAUCCCCGACAAUCGAUACGCGGACGAGUUUACGGAGCUGGCUUGAAGACCGCGUCGCCAGACAUAAUUUUUUCUUCCUUUUCACCAGAAUCAAACCGCGGGGACGAGAAUCUAACGUGAAGAGAGGAAAGUUACGCCGGCAAGAUGAAAACGAUCUGGGUAAUCGGCGGUCCGGGAUGCGGCAAGGGAACGCAAUGUGACCGUAUGAUCGAAAAGUAUGGAUUUCUUCACUUGAGCAGCGGCGAUUUGUUGAGGGCGGAAGUUGCCAGUGGCAGCGAAAGGGGUGCGUCACUUCAGGAACUGAUGUCCAAGGGGCUGUUCGUGCCAACAGACAUUGUGCUGGAGCUCAUAAAGGAACAGAUGGAUAAAGCUCGCGAGGAAGGAACUACAAAGACCGGAUUUCUCAUCGAUGGCUAUCCUCGUGAGAAGGAUCAGGGAAUUCUCUUUGAAGAAAACGUUUGCCCCGUCGAUUUAAUUCUCUUCUUCGAUGUAGCGAAUGAUACCCUGAAGAAGAGACUCCUCGGACGCGCUGCCAUGUCCCAAAGGGCAGAUGAUAAUGAGGAAACAAUCAAAAAGAGAAUCGAGAUAUUUAAUGCGAAGAACAACGAGAUUGUCGAACAUUACAAGGAUAAAGUUGUCAGAAUUAAUGCGGAAGGAACGGUGGAUGAGAUAUUCGCCGAAGUAAAAAAAGCACUAGACGCUUUGUUAGCUUAGACAAAUUACAUCAGAAACUUUUAAAAUACCGCAAGAUUUGUUGCUCUUUAAAAACAAAUCGUUACCAAAAUUUACAUUCUAGAUGAUGUUGGACGCUUACUCAAAUGAAGUCUACAUGUACAAAUUAGGUACUUUUGAUUGUUGAUUGUUGAAUAAACUUGACGUAGAACUGCA